AAGGAGUAAUCAGUAAUCGGAUUACUUUUUCAAAGUAACUAUACCAUCACUGCUCUAGGCUGUGUCAUAUAUGCUUAUCAGUUUAACCCUCUAUUGUUUCCUAGGCUUGUAGAGCUGAUGUCAAGUAGGAUUUUCUGGUAUGAGAGAGGCAGUCAGACAGCUUGUCUUUCUUAAAGUUUUUCUGAAUUCGUUUUUUUUCCGUUAUGAUCAACAGGAAGCCAGGUAUGCGCCGGUCGCUGUCGACGUCCAGCAGGGAUGAAAUUAUUCGCUGGUUUAAAGAGGAGCAGACCCUCAGAGUUUGUUUACAGCAAGGCGAGAGUCGAGUUGCCCCCUGGUUUCAUGGUAUUAUUACUCGUGAGGAGGCGGAGGAUUUGCUGAAGUCAGGCAGCGCUGGAAGCUUCCUGGUCCGUGUUAGCGAGAGGAUCUUUGGAUAUGUUCUUUCUUACAGAACAUAGUCUAUGACUCCUGCAAGUUUGG